CAUACACAGACUCACAACCUUGCUGAACUUAGUGUUCCAACGAACUUUGAAUUUCUACCAUUUCAACUCUUUGACCUCCUGUGGAUUUUUUGUUCCUCUUUUGGAUCACUGCUUCAUGCGCUCCCGACGGACUCAUAAGAACCCUAGACGUUCUUCUCCCCCUCCCCUCCCUGAAGCCAGACUGACAUCCAUGGCGCUGCAGAAGCUUGUGGGAUUUGGGAAGCAGCUGCUGAGAGUAAAGGUGGUGAACUGUAACUCAGACGACUCCCGUCUGUCCAGAUGCCUAAACACGUUUGACCUGGUGGCCCUGGGCGUGGGCAGCACGCUGGGCGCUGGUGUCUAUGUGCUGGCUGGUGCUGUUGCACGAGAGAAUUCCGGUCCUGCUAUCGUGUUGUCUUUCCUGAUAGCAGCUCUAGCCUCGGUGUUGGCUGGCCUGUGUUAUGCUGAGUUUGGAGCUCGCGUUCCCAAAACGGGCUCAGCUUAUCUGUACUCCUAUGUGACUGUGGGGGAACUCUGGGCCUUCAUCACUGGAUGGAACCUCAUCCUCUCCUACAUCAUUGGUACCUCCAGUGUGGCUCGUGCAUGGAGCGCUACCUUCGAUGAGUUGGUAGGAAAGCGCAUAGAGAUGUUUUGCAGAGAGUACAUGUCCAUGAAGGCACCGGGCAUCUUAGCAGAGUACCCUGACAUGUUUGCUGUCGUCAUCAUAUUCACCCUCACAGGUCUGCUGGCAUUUGGAGUCAAAGAGUCAGCAAUGGUAAAUAAGGUCUUUACCUGUAUCAACAUCCUAGUCUUGUUGUUCAUGGUGAUCUCUGGGCUGGUAAAAGGUACUCUGAAGAACUGGCAGAUUGACCCUGAAGAAAUCCUACAUGGCAAUCAUACCCAUGAUUCCAGCCUCAAUUUGACAGACAUCUUACCAACCAAAGAGAUUCUAGGAGAUGGCGGUUUUAUGCCGUUUGGUUUCACAGGCGUCUUGUCGGGAGCCGCUACCUGCUUCUACGCCUUCGUCGGAUUUGACUGCAUCGCCACCACAGGUGAAGAGGUGAAGAACCCCCAGAGAGCCAUCCCUAUCGGCAUUGUAUCGUCGCUUCUCAUCUGCUUUGUAGCCUAUUUUGGCGUCUCUGCUGCCCUCACCCUCAUGAUGCCGUACUACCUGCUCGACAGCAACAGCCCUCUGCCUGUAGCCUUCAAUUAUGUCGGCUGGGGAGGAGCUAAAUAUGCUGUAGCUGUAGGCUCUCUCUGUGCUCUGUCCACCAGUCUGUUGGGUUCCAUGUUCCCCCUACCCCGUAUCAUCUUUGCCAUGGCUCGGGAUGGCCUGCUCUUCUCCUUCUUGACCCGCGUCAGCGAGAGGAAAUCCCCCAUAUCGUCCACUUUCACCGCUGGGGUUCUGUCUGCUAUCAUGGCAUUUUUGUUCGAGCUGAAGGACCUGGUGGACCUGAUGUCGAUAGGGACGCUGCUGGCCUACACCCUGGUGGCUGCUUGUGUCCUCGUACUGAGAUACCAACCCGAGCAGCCCAGUCAGGUGUAUGAGAUGGCCUGCACCCAAGACGAAGGGGAGAUGAGCGACGGCAUCAGUGUCCCCAGUAUGGGCAUCCUGCCCGGUAUGGAAGAGAGGUUCAGCUUCAAGACCCUCCUGUUCCCAGAUCACCAUGAACCAUCAGCGCUGUCAGGCUUCAGUGUCAACAUCUGUGCCUCUGUGAUGGGAACAUUGAUCCUUGCAUUCAGUGUACUGGCAGUGCAGGGCGGCACUGCUCCCUGGAACAUUGUCUGCCUCAGUUUCAUCUUCAUGGUGUGCCUCGUCCUCACCUUCAUCAUCUGGAGGCAGCCAGAGAGCAAGACAAAACUUUCCUUCAAGGUUCCACUGCUACCCUUCCUUCCAGUGAUCAGCAUGUUUGUUAAUGUUUACCUGAUGAUGCAGCUGGACAGAGGCACUUGGAUACGCUUUUCCAUCUGGAUGGCUAUAGGUUUAGUGAUCUACUUCUGCUACGGCAUCCAUCACAGCAACGAGGGCAACACAGCCCGCUCGUCUCCAGAAACAGAUCUGGACGUGGACCAAGAAUUAGAGGCCCCGUCACCAGAAAAAGAGGCGUUCCUACACUACGGAAUCGAAGCCGGGGAAGAGGACGAUGGAGAACUGUAGGACACUUCAGAAUAUGCUGCUUACAUUUCAACCUGCCCUGACGCCAGUCUGUCUGUGUAAGACUAUUUUUGACAGGACAACUUCCAGUCCCUCACUGGUUGUACCUCCAUUUGAAGGAAGUAUUGCUGAAGAACCUUGACCUGAAAUCCAGAAACCUGCGACUUCCUCCCUCGACUGCCGGGCAGAACAACAGGAUUUCUGGAGUCAUAAUUGACAUGUUCUGUUACCUCAGUAUGUUGUAAUGGGUUUGUUACCCCCUUUUGCUUGGCCUUGAGCUUCAGCUGCUUGUUAUCUAGCGCCGGCUAACUGUUGGGGCAGGGCUCAUGUUGAACACAUGAAUCAUGUCUGUGUUUCAGAGAGGUUCUGGGAGAUAACAAUAUUUGUUCCCCCCCACGAUGAGUCUCAGUUAUUUCUCUGGAGAGUGUCUGAGUUCCGCUCAUGGCAGAAGGACUGUGCACAUGUGGUAACAGCUUUUGUCUGGGCGCCAGAGGGUUCAGCAGUAAUACACUUCUCUUUUUGUUACAUGUAAAUAUCUGCAGAAUUCUAAAAAAACAGAUGAAAAAGUAAGAAUUGAAUACAGAGUGGUACAUUCUGCUAAAUCUUUUUCCAAUUAUUGUGCAACGUAAUAUUGAAAUGCUCCUCCGACAGUCUGACAAGUGAGUACUUUCACAAUCCACUGCAUCACACGUGGCGUGUUAAUAAUAUAAUUUCCCUUGUUGACGAGCAGAAAAGGCUGGUGGGCCAAUGGCUGCACAUGUGAGUGGGCCAAAAGGAAACUGUAGCUUACAGUUUCCAUGAGUCCAAAAGAUUGUAUUAAUACCAUCUGAGGUCUAUGGCUUUACUUGCAAAAGAGAAGCUUGGGGUCCUAUUGUGUUACACCCUUAACAAGGGGCAGUUUUGGUAACUAUAAGCUGUGGAUUUGCCUUCAAAUUAUGAUGCAGAAACUGCUGUACCAAUACAAUGAACCAUAAUAAAAAACACUAAAUCCUGUUGGACUUUGAGAAGCAGGAAGAGAUACUGUCUAAAGCUUACCAUGAAGAUUCUCAUCCAUCAAAACAUAAAAACAAUUCAAUUAAAUUAAGGGACACCUGAUUUAUCAUCUUUUUCAUAUCCAGUGAUAUUUUUAAAAUAACGUUCUCUUACUUGAGAUAUCUGACGCCCUUGGUAGAGAAAAGGAAUCUUAAAUAUGAACUGGGAUUCAUGCUGAACAUUAGUUGAGGACAUUGACAGCUGAUGAAUGACAGUGUCACUUUAGAUGACAGUUGAUUUUUCACAGUGCUGGCUGCUGUGUGUCUUUUACAUCUGUGGCUUGUAAUAGAAUUUUCUUUUUUCAAAAAUAAAUUUGGAUGAGUGUUUUUGUUCUAAAUUUUCAUUAUAGGCCUACCCUUUGUAAUGUCUAUUAGUGUUCUGACAUAUCCUGACAUAUUGUAAUUUUUCUACUAUUGAGAUUAAGAAUCUGAAUCAGCCAACAUUUUCAAGAAGACAAGUCCAUGAAUGGUUUUGCAGAGCUUAACCACAUACAAUCAUUUAUGUUAUUGAUUUUCAUUGAAAAUGAGAAAGCACAACGUUUUUUCUCCUGACUUGAUAAACCCCACAAGAAUACGUAUUACGCUGCACCCCAUAACAGACUCAGUAAGAACGGCAACAGCAAAACAGAUUACCUUACUUGUUUUGUGCAUCCCUCUUUUUUGUCUACACCUCGUACCUACACUACCCACAAUGCACCUUUAUUUCAUACAUUCACUUUUCCUGCCAGUUUCAGGAGCAAAAUAACGAGCCUCCCAUAGGAUUAGUAACCUCACUUUAUUCAAGAUUCAUCUUGAUUCUUCGGCUAACACAAUUAACAUCUCUAGAUGAUUUGUCAGAUUCACACAGCUUCCUCCAGAUCCUUUAAUUCAUCCAUGCUAAGCUGAUGAAUAAAAUCUGUUUAUAGGUAAACCUAUAUUUUCAUUAAUGGUAGUGUGUGUAAUCAAGCUUGUGUAUAUAAUAUUGUUUAUA